AUGAAGUAUGCAGCUUUUAGGAGCUCCAUGAGGUUUGCCGCCAAAUUCUGUGGCAACAACAACUACAAGCUCUACAUGAACAGCGUACCCCAGUUUUCGAGCUUCGCCUAUGGCAAACACCUGAAAACCAACCCUCUGACGAACAGACUGGACGACCUGCUAAAGCGGAACUCCACGUUGAUUAGCACCAUUAGCAUUAACGGGCUGGAUGACCUGAUCACGCAGUCGUCUAAAAUUGAAUCCAUUUCAAUGGCUGAUUGGCUACUCAACCUAGUAGAAGAAUAUCAAUUAAUUCUAUCACGUGUAAAUAUGACUACAAUAAGCAGUUGGUUUUCCAUUAGGAGCAUUAAUGAGUUGCCAUUGUAA